UUUGGCAGUUGUUGGGGACCGGCCAGGGAUAAGAAAUUAUUUUAGAAUGAAUCAAGAAAGCGUACUCGCUUGUUGCGCCGUUUGCAGUGAGAAGACCCAUCGCCGAUGCGCUCGCUGUCUUAAUAUUUACUAUUGUAAUACGGAACACCAACGACAAGAUUGGCGCAGACAUAAAUCCGAGUGUGUUUCGAAGUUACCAAAACAGGCAUUGGAUAACGUUAACGCUGUCCAACAGUCGUCUCCCACGAAGGAAAAAUUUGAGAAAGUAGUUAAGAAAGAGAUUAUAGUCAGUAAAGAAGAAAGUGAGAUUGUAGGACCUACAAAUCAACAGGGUAGUGAAGUUAGACAGUUGAAGAAAUCGAAAAGAAAAAACGUGAAAAAAGAAGGUAGUGCGGAAACGAAUGAAAGUAAACAAUUACAAACUUCUAAAAGAGAAGAUCAAAGUGUUGAAAGUGGAUUAAAAGCUGGACCUUCAGAUAUAAAAGACAGUGUCAUAUCUAGUGUAGUGUAUACAAAUAGAGACUUGACAAAACAGAGUGCCAUUAUUCACGAGGGUUCUUCAGAGCAGGAAAUCCUGAACGAAUCCGCUCAACAGCUGAGCACAGUAGACUUUGUGACUGCCACAACUAAUGUUUUGAAGACUGUGAAUAGAACUAAUGCAAAAAUGCCACCAAUUCCUGUGUAUGUUCCUGAAACACAUUCUAAAAUGAAGGAAUACCCUGAAGCGUCGCUAAAGGGUAGUGGGGCGUUUAUGAUGAAUAAUUACUAUGGUGACACAAGUGAUCCUAGUUAUGAGAUCUGUCAGAGGGUCAUCAGAGACAUGACACAGUAUGGUGUGUGUGUUUUGGACAAUUUUCUAGGUAAAGAUCGAGGACUGUUGGUGCUAAACGAAGUCCUGGAAAUGUACAGAUCAGGCAUUUUUACCGCAGGGCAGCUCGUGUCGAGCCCGGGAAGCACGGAGGCGCAGACCAUCCGUAGCGACCGCAUCACCUGGAUAGACGGCAAGGAGCCGCACUGCUUCUACAUCAAACAGCUCAUCUCACAAGUAGACAAAAUAAUACUACAGGCGAACAAAAUGCCCAACAAUGGCAAGAUGGGCGACUACGUCAUCGACGGCAGGACAAAGGCGAUGGUGGCGUGUUACCCCGGCUCGGGCAGCCACUACGUGAAACACGUCGACAACCCCAACAAGGACGGGCGCUGCAUCACCGCCAUAUACUACCUCAACCUUGACUGGGAUAUCAAACGCUGCGGAGGACUCUUGAGGGUUUUCCCCGAGGGUACGAAUCAGGUGGCGGAUAUUGCGCCUAUUUUCGACCGCAUGUUGUUCUUCUGGUCCGACCGCCGUAACCCACACGAGGUGCAGCCCGCAUACAGCACCAGAUAUGCAAUAACAUUAUGGUACUUCGACGCGCAGGAGAGAGCGGAGGCACUCAGACACUAUAAAGAACGCGGUCAGCCAUCCUCUAGCAAGUGACGGCGGUUGAUAACAGUCGGUGCGAUCGCUAAGUUUAUGUCAUAGUAUUAUGUAUGAUAACAUACAUACAACACAUAUACUCCUGUUAAUUCUCGACAAAUAUCAUAUAACAUCUGUAUAUGAAUUCAAAAUAACUCUUAAUAACUAUCUUUAUGAAGUUAUUUUUAUGUUUCGAGAAUUUACAGGAUUUUUAUUCUUUUAUGGACCUAGUCAAUGUUUUGACGUUAAGAUGCGGUGACCAUUUAUAUAUUUGUCGCAAUUUAAAUUUGUUGCUAUUUAAUUUCACUGCUAGGGUUGUUUAAAGGUCAAUCAAAGAGUCCCUUUGUGUUAGCAGUAAACGACUUAGUUGUAGUUAAAAAUGCUUGAAAUCGACGAAACUGAAACUAGACGGUUAAAUUUAAUGUGGUCGAAUUCUUUUUUUACUAUUACUAUAGUACAAGGAUAUCUGGCCUGGUGAGGAAGACGCUACUAUACUUGGGUAAAAAAGAAAAAGAUCACAGCUAUGGUACAAAAAGGAUCUUGUAACACUUUUUGACAUUGACAGGGGGGCGUUAGUGAGCUGUCAUUAUUUAGUUUUUCUUAUUAUUGUGGACAUAUAGAUAUCCUUGUCGGUUUAUGAUUUACGGCCGAAGUAAGGCGAAUGUCAAAGCGACCACUAGUCUAAUUUUUAUAUUUUGAUGUUACGUAAUUGCGUACUAUAUGAUUUAAUAUUACGUUAAUUAUUUGAUACAAAUGGCAACACGUGUAUUAAGUUUGUAACUUAGAGGAAUUACUUAUAUUUUUAUUUUUAUUUCAUAAGGUGGCAAACGAGCGAGGCCACCUGAUAUCGCUGAAAUAGCGAAG